AUGUCUUUUGCACGCCUUAUCCAGGGACCUGCUCGCAUGUUGCGCAGCGCUCGUCCUUCUCCCUCGAUUACUCCACGCUUUAUUCUCUCACCUGCUGCUACAGCCUUUCACACGACCGCAAAACGUCUACAAGCUACUGAGACCCAGGUCUUGAUCACCCCAUCCACUGAAUCUCUCGGGUUUGAAGUUACCGGAAUCAAGGAUGCAGGCAACACUCGUCCUAUUUAUAUGGACAUGCAGGCUACUUCACCCACAGAUCCUCGUGUACUGGAUGCUAUGCUGCCGUAUAUGACCGAACUUUACGGAAACCCUCAUUCCAGAACUCACUCGUACGGCUGGGAGACAGAAAAGGGCGUUGAUAAAGCUCGAGAGGAUAUUGCAAAGUUGAUUGGAGCAGAUUCCAAGGAGAUUGUGUUCACAUCAGGAGCUACCGAGUCCAACAAUCUGAGCAUCAAAGGUGUCGCUCGUUUCUAUAAGGGCAAAAAAAACCAUAUUAUCACAACACAAACGGAACACAAAUGUGUUCUGGAUUCAUGCCGUGUAUUGAGUGACGAGGGCUUUGAUGUUACCUAUUUGCCCGUUGGAAAGAAUGGUUUGAUUUCCAUGGAUGAUCUUAAGGCUGCUGUUCGCCCUGACACUGCUUUGGUGUCAGUCAUGGCUGUCAACAAUGAAAUUGGAGUCAUUCAACCAUUGGAAGAGAUUGGUGCUUUCUGCCGGUCGAAAAAGAUUUUUUUCCAUACGGAUGCUGCGCAAGCGAUUGGCAAGAUUCCCAUUGAUGUCAAUAAGAUGAACAUCGAUCUCCUCAGUAUUAGUGGUCAUAAGAUCUAUGGACCUAAGGGUGUCGGUGCCUUGUAUGUCCGUCGCCGACCCAGAGUCCGUCUUCUUCCAUUGAUGACUGGUGGAGGACAGGAGCGUGGUCUUCGUAGCGGCACCGUUGCGGCACCAUUGGUAGUAGGACUUGGAGAGGCAUGUAGAAUCGCUGCAGAGGAAAUGACUUACGAUCAUGAGCGUGUCAAACGUCUAUCAGAGCGCUUGAUCAAGGGUAUCACAUCCCAAGUCAGCCAUGUCUAUAGAAAUGGAGACGAAGUUCAAUCAUAUCCUGGAUGUGUGAAUCUCUCUUUUGCCUAUGUAGAAGGAGAGUCUCUUCUUAUGGCACUUAAAGACAUUGCUCUUUCAUCCGGAUCAGCUUGCACUUCAGCAUCUCUGGAGCCAUCGUACGUUCUCCGCGCCCUUGGCGCAGAAGAUGACAUGGCACACAGUUCGAUUCGUUUUGGUAUCGGUCGUUUCACAACGGAGGAGGAGAUUGAUUUCGUCAUUUCACGUGUUGUCGCCCAUGUUGACAAGUUGCGUGAGAUGAGUCCACUUUGGGAGAUGGUGCAGGAGGGUAUUGACAUUUCCAAGAUUGAAUGGGCGCAGCAUGCUUAA